GAAACGCGGUUUGGAAACCCCCGGUUCGACCAACUUCAUCAGCUUCGCCCAGCGGCAUUCUGGACGCAGACGCUGCAAAUUCAUUCCUUUAAACACCAAAAUCAAUAAAAACGACGACAAUUCACAUGGCGGAGUGUCUGUAAAUUUGAUAAUCGACGCGGACAAUACGCCAAAACGUGCAACACUAGCUUGCACUACACCACUGGCUAGCACCCUCGCUCCCUCAGAUAUCCAUCCCCUCGAUCCUAUAUCAGAUUCUUCACCAACUACGCUGGCUCGCUAGCUAGCUCUAUCGCUCGCUCCAAUGCCUUCCAAAAACAAAGCAUCGUCUGCUGCCGCGAGCAAGAACCCCGAGUACGACGCCAUCGCCAGCCAAUGGGCCAAGGCCAAAGCCGCAAAAGAAGCUGCGGAUGCAGAGGCCAAGGCCCAGGGCUUCUCGACUGCCGAAGAGCGCGCUGCUGCGCAGAAGCAGCACCGCGACCGAGUCAACAAGAACCGCAAGCAGGGCUACGAGAGGCGCUGGUGGUGGACUGUGGCCUUUUGGGGCUGGCUGCUCGUGGCCCAUGCCGUCAGCAUCUGGCUCUUUACCAGCGGCUUCUUGCUGACGCGCCUGGUGCUCGAGGACAAGGCGUCGUGCGAUGCACCGCCUGCAGAUAGCAGCUUGGCUGCACUCACUGUCGACGCGGGGUGCUGGCAUCCCAAGAAGUUUGACCGUGCUGUCAUCAUUCUCAUCGACGCGCUGCGCUACGACUUUACGGUCCCAGCAGACCCUGAUAGUACGCAUGCCUUCCACAACGCCUUUCCCUUUCUCUACGAAACUGCGGCCAAGGAACCCCAGAAUGCCUUUUUGCGGCCAUUCAUUGCCGACCCGCCAACGACGACGCUACAGCGCCUCAAGGGCCUUACGACAGGAACACUCCCCACGUUUAUCGACGCUGGGUCCAACUUUGCGGGCACUGCCAUUGACGAGGAUAACUUGCUGAUGCAGCUGCGCCAGAACGGUAAGAAGAUCGCGCACUUGGGUGACGAUACUUGGCACGCCUUGUUCCCGGGCUACUUUGAGGCGAAUAUCAGCAAGGCCUACGAAAGCUUUAGGGUCUGGGACCUGCACACCGUGGACAAUGGCGUAAUUGAUAACAUCUUCCCCUUGCUUGACCACAAGCGCUCCAACGAGUGGGAUCUGCUUAUUGGACACUGCUUGGGUGUCGACCAUGCCGGCCACAGGUACGGUCCAGAGCAUCCUGCCAUGACGGCCAAGUUGCAGCAAAUGGACGAGUUUGUGCGCAAGGUAGCCGCGUCUAUUGACGACACCACGGUGCUGAUUGUCAUGGGUGAUCACGGCAUGGAUGGUAAGGGAGAUCACGGUGGUGAGAGCGACGACGAAGUCGAGGCUGCGCUGUGGAUGUACUCCAAGAAGCCCGCCUUUGGACGCACCAAGCCCGAGUUCAGCAUCCCCCCUGCCAAUGCAAAGAUUCGUCCUGUUGGCCAGAUUGACUUUGUCCCUACGCUUGCGCUGCUGCUUGGUAUCCCCAUUCCGUUCAAUAACUUGGGCAAGCCCAUUGAGGAGGCGUUUGCUGGCGUCAAGGGCAACGAUUGGGCCUCUCUGGCGGCGGUUUCCAAGAUGGCGGCGGCCGGUAUCGACCGCUACCAGGACCUCUACUUUAAGGUGCGAGGCAUUGCAGAGAGCCCGGCUCAGCAAGCCAGAAGCGCCUUUGUAGCUGCUCUCGGUGGCAGUGCAGGUCAGCAGGCCUACGAAGCAUUUAACAAGUUCCAGGACGACGUGCUCGACAUUUGCAAGGGUCUGUGGGCGCGAUUCGACGUGCCACGCAUGAUUAAGGGUGUGGUUGUCACUGCGCUAGGUGUAGUUGUUCUGAUGCUGUAUGCCUCGCGCACAGCUGAUGACGAGUACGUUGUGACCAACAAUGCUGAGCUCGACUACGCCGAACAGAAGCUCGAGAUGCUGGGCGAAAAGGACAGCGAUGCUCAGCACCCUGAAGCCAACACGCACCGUGACCUCGUUCGCUGGGCCUGGGAUCCACGUGUGCUUCUUGUGGCCAUUGGAACCAUUUCCAUUGCUCUCUAUCGCCAGCAGCCACUCGACAGUGCGGCGACAGUCAUCCUCAGCAUCAUGAUGGCCAGCGCCGCCACUACUCUCCAUAAGGCGGGUAAGACGCUUGCCAAUCUGCUGCCAACGACGUUUUGGGGCUGGCUCGGUGUCUUCUUCACAGUCAGCCAGUCGGUGGGCUUUGCGUCCAACUCGUACACCAUCUGGGAAGACUCGAUCCUGCUCUUCUUCAUCACCACGUUUGCCGUGUGCAUGGGCAUAGCGUCGCUGCGCAUCGAGUCCCGCGUCGACCGCACCAUGGCCAUCUACCACUCCGUCGCGUUUGCCCUGCUCGGCCGCCUGGCCAGCUUCUCCAAGCUGUGCCGCGAGGAGCAGAUGCCAUUCUGCACAUCGACGUACUAUGCCUCUGCAACAUCGUCCACGUCUGCAACCUGGCAACUCGCCAUCCCGCUGCUUGUCUUUGCUACUCUGCCCUCAGUCAUCAAAUCAUUCCUGACACCAACAAAGUCCUACGACGGCCUAGCACCGGCCUGGAUCGGCGCCAUUUUUCGCUCCGGCGUCUUGCUCGCCGCGCUGUACUGGGUCAUUGAUGCCGCGGACAACGGCGGAUGGUUUGCCAACGCGCUUCCCGCUGGAACUGUCAAGACCGUGAGUGUCUACGUUGCACAGAUUGUCCUAGCCAUUGCCUUUGUCGCAGGCACCACCGCCUUCAUCUGGGCGCCGCCAAGCGUGUCUAUCGUCUCGUCCAAGGGCCCGUCUGGACAGCCGCAGAUUGCCAUUAUGGGCUACGCCAACGCACUGGGUGGCCGUUACAUCUUCUUGCCGCUCAAUGUACUACUGGCGUGUCUGGUGCUCACAAAGCCCAUGGGCUUUGGCGCACUCGCCCUGAUGAUGUGGCAGAUCCUCUCGCUCGUCGAGCUGCUCGACCUCAACGGGCUCAAAACGGAGACCAUUGGUCCCAUUAUGCUUGCUGUUCUGGGUAACUUUUACUUCUUCAAGACGGGCCACCAGGCCGUCCUGGCCAGUAUCCAAUGGGACGCCGCCUUCAUCCCGCUCGUUGGCAUCCGGUACCCUUGGUCCCCGAUUGUCCUCACGCUAAACACCUGCGCUGGACCCAUCAUUGCUGCUGCCAGCGUACCCCUACUCACCAUGUGGAAGGUCGGUCCGAAGCAAAAGGGUGUGCUGGAAGCCUGUGUCCGCAGCGCCGCCGUCUUUGUUGCGUUUUAUGCCGUCGAGGCCCUGGCUACCAUGGCCUGGGCAGGCCACCUGCGCAGACACCUCAUGCUCUACCGCAUCUUCAACCCGCGCUUCAUGGUUGCCGCGGUGAUGCUCAUCAUUGUCGACCUGUCUGUCAUUCUCUUCACGCUUACUGGCAUCCGAAGCAACACCCUUGCCGUAGCCGAAGUCUUUGAAUGGGCCGACUAGGCUUCUUCUUCUCCCUUUUUUUGUAACGAUUCUCUAGUCUCUCUUUUUCAAUCUCUUUUUUUUCUGUACUUUACGCAUAUAUAAAACUAAUAGGGGGCUUUUCAAACAUCAUGGCACUGAGAAUUUCAAAAUCAAUAGAGCAAAUAUACAUCAAUUAGUAGUUUUUGACC